GCAUUAAUCAACUUCUUCACUACGCUCGCUCUACGCCCACCCGGAACUACAAUCCUAGCGCCAACGACGACUGCGUCAAAAUCAUACCGGAAGGAGUCUUGUCUUGUUGGACUGAAAUAUUUCAACGUUUGCCGCUCGUGGCGAGAAAGGAUUACCCAACGGUUGCCGCGAGGUGACCGAGCUCGACAUCAGCGACAACUUUUAUCUCUCCAGACGGUCUAGUACCGUCACCGCCAAGAUAUAGCCAUGAUGGAUUCGGGGUCUUGGAACGGGCAAGACCAAGCACUGUCUUCGUCGGGCGAGGAUGACUUUCAGCAAUAUCUGGAGAUGGGUGGAAUGACAAGCCUCGGCGAUGGGUUGCAAUUUGAUUUUCAGGACUUUCCUGGCACGAAUGGUCCCUCGAUGAUGCAUCAUUCACAUGGCGAUGCCAUCGAUACCCCGAUGACCAACUCGAAUAUACCGGCCACCAUUGCGAGAAACGAUAUGGGGCCGCAAAGUCAGAUGUCUCCGAUGACUUCUGCGCCUAAUCACUCCGGGAUCUCGUCACACAUGAUGACUCCACAUCAUACAUCUUCUGAUGCUAUUUCCGAAAUUGAUGCACAGAUCCAAUUCCUGCAACAGCAGAGGUUGCAGCAGGAAAGGAGACAGCUUGUGGAGCAGCAGAGACGGUUUCAUGAACAGCAAGCAGCAUUCUAUGCUCAGCAGCAGCAGCGAAACAUCGUGCCCCCAACUCCACAGAGCCUUGAAAUUCAAGCAGCAACCCAAUUUUUUGCGCAACAAGACCAAGCGCAUUCCUCAGGCUUAUUCGAUGGAUACCAUCACCUCAAGGAGCAACAGGAUAUGGCUUUCACUCCGCUCGUAUCACCCGCCGUGACACCUCUUGAGUCUCACUUCUCUGUUGACAACGCAUUCACCCACUCGGGGCCUUACUUUAGCCCCUUAACAUCACCUGCGCUUCAUGCGCAGAAUGAUCCUACGUCCAUGUUUGAUCAUAGACACUCAACUCACACCACCAAUUCCCCCGUGGAUAUGGACAUCGAACCAUCCCCGUCUACGAAUGUUACGACGAAUCUUUCCAAAAAGGUGCGCAAGAGCAAUGCGACAAAGGCGAGAAAGCAAAGCGUUCGGCAAUCCCCCAUCACGAAACCUCAAAGGCGGAAAACCGGCUCAACUCCCAUAAUCAAUGCCCAGGCACUUAGUGAACUAGCUGAAUCUGUAGCUGAGACCUUGGAGCAUCCACCCAAUCCCAAAUCAAUUUCCGCUACGUCGACGGAGGACUCAGAGAACGCUUCAGUGUCCCCGGAAGCGCUCUCUGAGAUGCCACCUCCACCAAUACCCCCACCACGUUCUGCUAGACAAUCUCCGUACAUCCAGCCUCAGACGAACGAGAAUGUAGUGCCUUUACCGUUGCCGGGAGCCCUCGCCGGGAAACCGUCGCCUGCCACGCCGGCAUCUCUGUUCAGGAUUUCACCGAAGAGUAAAUCGGCAGACGGAAGCAAUCCUGAACAGAGUGGCUCCGAACAUAUAGAAAGUUUUGAGCUUCCCGAGUCUAUCAAUUUCUCUAAACCAGAACUUCCAUCAUUAGAUACGCAGCUACCCGUGCAGUCACUUGCUGAAGUGGGAACGGCAAAAGGCUCAAACUUCCAACCCCUUCCAUCCCCCAUUUUCCCUAAGCCUACCCAGACAGGAUCAGCAAGCCAAAGCCCGCAGAUUACCCCCAAAUCAUCUACCCCAAACAUUAGAAAGACUCCUCUCAUAGCUCCAAGAGGGCCGAAGAAGAGGGCGAGCAUCAGUUCUAUCUCGCCAGCUCUACGUCCGAAAAUAUCGCCGAAUAUCAAGCCACUACUCCCAGGUACACCUGGCAUGUCUGCCGAAGAUUCUGCAUCGAGACUACUAACUUCCAAGUCGAAUUACCAAAACAUUCUAGAAGGAAAUACUGUACCAGGAGUUUCCUAUCCGAGCGAACUAUCGACCAAUCUAACUUCAAAACGGACGUCUCACAAAAUUGCGGAGCAAGGGCGUCGAAAUCGGAUCAACUCAGCCCUUCAGGAAAUUGCAACUCUACUCCCGAAAGGUGCAGGCAAAGAUUCAAGUGAAGGCGAUUGUGAGGGUGGGGCUGGGGACAAGAAAGACAAGCAAUCCAACUCACAGAACAGCAAGGCCAGUACAGUGGAGCAAGCCAUUGAAUACAUAAAACAACUACAACAAGAGAUAGUUGAAGCGAAUAGGAGAGCGGAAGAAGCCGAGAAAAGGCUUGGGAAGAAAACAACGACGGCUAGUUAAUACGACGAGCUUAUAGACGAGUUUAUGGACCAUGACGAAGACGUAUGAGGUUGUCAUUUGUUAAAAAUCGAUCGGUUGGGGGGUGUUGGCUUGACAGCUCACCAGCUUGGAACAUCGAAUAAAGGGACGACCACGUAGGAAGAAGAUUUAAUAGACCCUGUUAAUAGAGAUAUGGAUUUGGAAAACAGGGGGUUUGAGUAUAAUAAUACGUAGUGAUGUCGCUAUGAAGACAUUUUAUACUAUAAUUAAAAUGCCUGUUGGGUAGCCAUCCAGUAGUAGUCAUCAUCUAAUCAAUGGAAGCCAGACUCUACUGCUACAUAUAAGUCAGGGGAAAUAGUCCAUAAGGAAGCUGUACUUC